AUGGAAAACCAUGAAGACAAUGAACACUCUGAAAAAGGCAAUAAUCCUCACUUAUUAAGACUAAAAGCAGUGAAUAUUGUUGAAGAAGACAUCCCAAAGGCAAGUCUUUGGGUUGUGCUGACUACACAUUUGAUUCAUCCUGAUUCAAGGAUGAAAUCGAUUUGGGAUUUGAUUAUUAUUAUUUUCUCUAUCUACAACUCUAUUCUAAUUCCAUUUGAAUUUGCAUAUACAAUGGAGAGUCAUAUCAUCCUCCAGAUCUGAGACCGACUGAUUGAUGUGAUCUUCAUCGUAGACAUCUUCAUCAACUUCAGGACGAUGUACAGAAACUCACACACGGACGAACUGGUGUGCGACGGUAAAUAAAAUUGCAAUCAACUAUGUGCUGUAUGGGAGAUUCGGAGUCGACUUGGUGGCUUCGUUACCUCUUGAAGUUAUCACUGCAAUUAUACCCUCAGGCUCUUCCAACCUCCAAUUUUUAGGGAUGCUUAAAAUGGUCAGGUUAUUAAGACUUGGAAGGUUAAUUACAAUUCUUAGAGCAAACCAGAAGCUAAAGUUCAGCAUGAAGCUAGGCCAACUAAUUUUCUUUAUUCUAAUGAUCAUGCAUUGGAUAAAUUGAGGUUGGUACCUUAUUGCAGAAAACAAUGAGACUUGGUUUCCUCCAAAAGAUCUUGACUCAAAAGUAACCAUUGCUUACACUGGGGAGAAAUAUCGACGAUAUUUUCUCUUUAAUUAUUAUUCUGCAAUAAUUCUACUCGGUAGUGAGAUUCUUCCGACAAACAAUACUGAGCUUUUAAUUGCAACUCUUCUUGUGUUUCUCUGAACGAUAUUUAUUGGUAUUGUGAUAGGUGAAUUCGCUUCUCUUCUCUCAGCCAUGAGCAAAACAGAUCGGGUCAAAAACGAAGAAAUCGACAUUAUCAGCUCUAUUAUGGUCAGCUUGAGACUCCCUGAGCAGAUCCAGGACAGAGUGUUUGAAUACCAUGACGGGAUUAAUGAUUCCCAAUAUGUCCCAAAUGAGCACACCAAGCUUAUAAAGUACUUCCAGACAAGAGAUGGAUUAAAAUAAAAUAUCAUUUUUAAAUCCCAAAAAUCCCUUAGAAUUUGAAUCCUUCUGUGAAAACCUCGAGGUAUGUUACUUUCUAUCCGGAGAUAUCAUUCUCAAACAAGGAUUGUUAAAUAACUAUGUUUACUUCAUCAUCGAUGGCCUAGUUGAGGUCUUCCUCGAGCAUAAUGACUUUGAGUAUUUUGAUCAUGAAAAGGUCCAAAAGUUUAUUUCCCACGAAAAGAAAGUUGAGAUAGAACAAAAAGAAGACAUUGAUAUCAUUGAAGAGCAGAAGCAUAUCCAAACUGAAAAAUAACCUUACUGACGUCUUCUUCGAAGCACUAAGGAAAGCGAAGCAAAGACCUCAGAAUGAAAAAGGAAGUGAUGAUGAAGAAGAGCAAAAUGAUGAGGUUAUCGAGACUCAUAAUGACUUACUUACUUCUCCUCAGCUUCGAUGUUAUAAAGACUCCCAAAAUAUGACUAUUAAGGAGAACUUUAAUUCUGAAGAGUCUUGUAACUCUGUAAGAUCGAUUGAAAAUUUAAGACUCAGUAAGACUACUUUAAACCAAAAGAUUAACAAAGUUGCACCUUUAAAAUCGCCAAGAGUACCUAAUUUAAAUCUGCAAGGAUCAAAGUAACGAACUUCAGCAAGGAUCUAGCCCAAUAAUAGUCCCCUCGAUCCUAACAAGAGACAAGCUUUUUCUAACUGAAGAGCAAGAAAAGGAGGAAAGAGCCAGGGUGAGCAUCAUCAAUAAGUUUUCCCGAAUAGAUGAAGCUAAAAAUUACACCAGCUUGAAUGAGCUCAAAACUGGUGCGUAUUUUGGUGAAAUUUCAUGUCUUUACUCUAUCCCGAUCACUGCUUCAAUCUGUUCAAUCUCUAGCACGAUCUGUGCUCGUAUGAAGAAAGAGGACUUUGUACAAUUCUUAAAUACUCACAUGAAAUGCAAAAUAAAGAUAAAGAAAUAAUCUCGCAUAUCGUGAUCCUUACUUUAAAACCCUUCAUAAAAUAGUAAGUUACAUCCCUAGCUUGAAAGCAAUCCCAGAGGCCACAAUUCAGACAAUCUGCUUUAGACUUUCAAGAGUCCGAAUGAUGGAGAAGAAGAGAAUCAUCAGAUACCUAGAGAUCUGUAGGAACACAUACUUCGUAUUCUCUGGUGAGGUCAAAGUCAAUGUUAUUAUCCAGGACAAUUUCGAACGAAUUCCUUUCCUCGUGCUCAAGGCAGGCUCUUGCUUUAAUUUCUACAAUUCUAUAUUGGGGUACACUUGCUUAUUCGAAUUCAUAGCAGAAACCCACUGAUCUUUACUCUGCUUGAAAUCAGAGGACUUAGAAGAACUAUCAAAGUCAGAUAUCACUCUUAGAGAAGUAAUCACUAAUGUUAAAACAAAUUAUAUCGUCAAAAGUACAAAAUAUGACUUCUGUCUCCCGACAUUCAAGCCUGUAGGGACUAGCUCUCCGAAUACCCCGCUGAUUCAAUCGAGUAGGAAAAUAAAUUUAGCACAGUCGAAUCAGACGAGGGGUAGAACCACGCGUAACAUUCAACUUUCUGAACUGAAUUUUCUCGGCUCAAAGCUAUCCAACAUUCCUUUGAAGACCCUUAAGAAGAUGAAAGAAUGAAGAAGGCUUCUCAUUCAGAAACUCAAUGAAGCUAAAAAGACCUUUAAAAUAGUUGAUGAAAUCUACGAGUCAAUGAUAGUAGCCAAUGCCAAGAAAGUCAACAGCGAGUACAACAAUAAGGUUGCAAUGGAUAAUAUCCAAGAAGCAAAGAGGAACCUUAAUUUCUUCGAAAAUAUGCACCUUAUGAAGAAGCUAGAUGACCACCACUCAGAUGAAGACCAAGAUUCCUUCAAUCUUCCAAAUAUUUAUGAGAAACCAGAUUGUAGCUUUGGCCCUACUGAUACAUGUUGGGUGAAACAGACAAAUGGGGAUUUUAGGAAUCAUGAAGAUGAGGAGGACAUUGGCAAUAUUCCCUCUAAAGCACCUCCCUCAAAGCCAUCAUUCAACAAAAUCAGCACAGGACCAAGCCAACAAUCAAAUCUGAGGUUCCCGCCUUCACAUAAAUCUUGAGAUCUGCUCAAAAAAUGAUCAAAAGUAUCCUCAAAAGUUCAUUUCAAAACGAGUGAGAAUACGCAUAAAAGUAAAGAUUGCCCAAAUGAGGGAACAAUUUUAUCAGAGAUCGACCAGAUGAAUUGUAAUCCCAAGAACAGUCAUUCAACAGACUAUGUCAAACUAGAGCAACAUUUAUUGAGCCUUAAUUCAUUCAUUAAUGAAUCCAUAAAAAAAUCCUCGUCCAAAGUGCAAGAAAUUAUCCAGAAAACUUCUAAAUUCUCAAAAACCCUCUGAAAACAACUAGAACACCUUAAAAUCAAUGGCUCUAAAAGUUCCUCACAAAAUCCUACUACAUCCAGAGUUGAGGAGUCUAAAAUCAGCAGUAAUUCCCAAGAAGGAAUCAUUAAAGAUGCAACCACUUCAAUACAAAUAUCCAAAGAAGGAAUUUCUAAUAAUCCUUCAAACCCUAAGAUAGAAAGAAAUUCGAAAAUUGAUGAAUGAGUCACUUCAUUGCCUAAACAGGAUCAAACUAUUCUACAAUAAAGCUUCAUCCCUUUGCUUCUUUCUGUCACCCUAAUUAAUCAAUUA